CCAUGGCGGCUGGAGGUCCAGUCAAGGAGCUCUGCGAGGAAGCCUCCUGCUCCGUCUGCCUGGACUAUUUCGAGGAACCGGUGACCAUCGCCCAGUGCGGCCACAACUUCUGCCGAGCCUGCCUGACCCGCAGCUGGGGGGAGUCGGGGGCAGAGACUUCCUGUCCCCAAUGCAGAGGAAAGACGCAGGAGGGGAGCCUCCGCCCGAAUCAGCAGCUGGCCAAGUUUGUCGAAAUAGCCAAGAAAUUCAGUCCUCAGGGCAGGAAGGAGACAGCAGUGAAAACAAAAGAAGGAAGGGAGGAAGUUUGCCAGAAGCAUCGGGAGCCCCUGAGAUUUUUCUGUAAGGAGGACAAAGACCCCCUCUGCGCCGUGUGCAGCAGAUCCAAAGAGCACAAAUAUCACCAAGUGAUUCCUGUAGAGGAGAAGGUGAAGCCAGUGCAGUUUCUCAUGCUUUGGAGUCAGACAUUCCUGGGAGCUGGAAAGGGGAGCAUUUGCGUGAAGCAUCAGGAGCCCCUGAAACUCUUCUGCAAGAACGAUGAAGCCCUCAUCUGCGUGGUGUGUGACAGUUCCACAGAGCAUAAAUAUCACGAUGUGGUUCCUACUGAGGAGGCUUCCCAGGAGUAUAAGAGGGAGGUCAGUCACUACCUGAAUAUUCUGAAGGAAAAAGGAAAAAAGAGAAAAAUGAUGGCAUAUCAAGCAGACAUAAUGAAGGACAGCCAAGACCUUCUCAAGCAAACCAAAGCAGAGAAGCAAAAAGCUGCAUUCAUGUUCAGGCAGCUACACGAGUUUCUUGAAGAACAAGAGGAACUUCUGCUGGCCCAGAUGGAUGAGGUGGAGAAAGAGGUAGCAAGGAAAAGGGAUGAGCUCAUGGCCAAACUGAUUGAGGAAAUGUCCUCAUUUGAGACCAUUGUCCAAGAGAUGGAGAGGAAGUGUCAGCAGCUGGACUGUGAACUCCUGCAGGACAUCAGAAGCACCUUGCAGAGGUAUGAGGAGGAGAAGGAGAAACUUGAGGAGCCAGUGGUUUUACCUCUUGCACUGAAGUGGGCUGUCUGGGACUUCUGUGAUAUAACCCCCUUUCUUGAGGGUGUCUUUAAGCAGUUCAAAGACACUGUGCUCACUGGGCUUCAGCAGCAGAAAGCAAAUGUGACUCUGGAUCCAUACACAGCUUAUCCACAACUCAUUGUCUCAGAGGAUCGUAAAAGCCUGAAAUGGGGAAACAAAAGUGAAGCUCUGCCCCCAAAUCCCGAGAGGUUCCAGGAGAUGGCUUUUGUGCUGGGAUGGGAGGGGUUCACAGCAGGCCGGCAUUUCUGGGAGGUCAUUGUGAAAAGCAGUGGUGGUGAAUGGAGUGUGGGCGUUGCCAGAAAGUCAGUGAACAGAAAGGCCUGGAUAAACGUUUCUCCUGAGGAAGGGAUAUGGACUAUGAACCCCCACAAAGCUGUUGAAAAUUAUUCAUUCCCAUAUCUGCCUCAGAGUGGGAAGAUCAAGAGGAUCCGAGUCUCCCUCAACUACGCUGGGGGGAGAGUGGCCUUUUUCGAUGCCGACAGAGCAGCUCCACUCUACACUUUCUCAGGUGCCGCCUUCUCUGGAGAGGCCCUCCAUGCCUUGUUUUGUUUUUCGAAAGAUCCCUCCUUUGGGACCUUUCUUAAACCAGUCUCUCAUGAAUCUUCCUCUCAAGCCCUGCUGAUGAUACUCCACAGUUCAGGAUGAUUAACAAAAGAAACCAAACCUUGAGUUGUUCAUGAGUCCUUUCUUCAUCUGUGUAAGGGUCUCUGCAGACUUUAUUUUAGUCACCAAAACAUUAACAAACUAACAAAAAGGCACAGUAAGAUAGAGCAGCCUGGGGGAGGGAGGGUGGUAUGCCUUUCUGGUGGGGGUAGAACGUGUUUGGUUGUUGAUGUUUCUAGGUAUGUUUUAAUGUUUAUCUUAUCAAUUUUUUAUUGUUACCUGUGUGCGGUCCUGAGAUGCUUUGAAAA